AUGCCAUCGGAUAUUCAGUUUCGUCAAUUAUUACUCGAUGUUGAAAAUGACUUAACCGAUGAAGAACAUAAGAGAUUUGUUUUUCUACUUGGUGAUGAUAUACCAAGACGACAGCGAGAUGCACCACUUGUGGUCAUUUUCACAACAUUAAUCGAUCUUGGACGUAUAUCAGAGAGAGAUUGUAGUUAUUUAAUGAAGAUCUUCGAAGGAAUGAAAUUACUUACCGUAGCUUACAGAAUUGCUGAAUUCGAAGCUCGAUUUGCUCCUCCUGUAAAAGUGCCUGAAGAUAUUCAACCAAUAGAAAAUGGUCGUAAUAACAGUAUAACCCCUGAUGAAUUAGUAAAUGAUUUUUUAACAGAUGGGGUGAUAAUAUCUGAUAUUGAACAAACUAGUUCACUUGAUUCACCAGUCAUUAAUGAACCUGUAACCCCAAUAACUACUUUAUCUUUGAAGAAUAGCGAUCUAGAAAUAUUUGAGAAUGAUAUAUGGUCCGAUGAAUUUCUUCAAAAAAUCAAUGUGAAAAAUAUUCGACCUUACGAAUAUCAACGUGUCUUGGUACAAAGUGCUAUUCAAGCAGGAAAUACAAUAAUAUGUUUACGAGCAGGUGGUGGUAAAACUCUUGUUGCUGCUUUAUUAUUUAAAUACUAUCUUAUCAAAAAAACAACAUCAGAAAAUGACAAGAAAUUCUUAGCAUUUUUCAUUGUACCACGUCGUGCAAUGCUUAAAGAACAGUUAGAAAAAUUAAAACAAGUUGGAAAUCUCCGAGUCGUAACAUGUGAUGAGCAUAUCGAUGUUACACAGUAUACUGAUAAUUAUGAUAUUAUUAUUUGUACACCACAAAGACUUCUGAAUUGUUUGAACGCUAAAACAAUAUUGGUAUCUAACAUCGAUUUACUUUGUUUUGAUGAUUGUCAUGAUAGUGUAACACGUAAUCAAUAUAUUGGAAUAAUGCAAUAUAUUAUGUGUAAAAAUAUCGAUUACAUACCACCAGUUGAUUCUCCACCAAUCAUUAUUGGAUUAACAGCAAUCGGUGUCCAAAGUUUCUCUUCUUCUCAAGUCAUCCGAAGUUUAACUGAUCUAUGUGCAAUAUUCAAUUGUUUAAAAAUAACUACAUUAUCAGAAAAAGAAAAUGAAGAAGAACUUGAACGAUGUGUAACACGUAUAUCUGAUGAUGAAAUUAUUUAUGUUGAGAAACAAGAUAAAUAUGAAACAUUAAGGAAAACAAUUGAAAAAGAACUUAAAGAUUUAAUCUUAUAUUUAUUUAUUAAUAAAGAUACAAAUCCAUUACGUAUUUUUCCUGAAAAAAGAUUCGAUGAAAAUGGAUAUGACCAAAAUCUUGAAUUAUUAAAACAAUCCGAACAGAAAAAUCAACAUUUUUCAUCUGUUCUUUUACUUAAUUAUACUCUUCAUAUUUAUCGUCAUUUACGAGCUUUGACAGAUUUAACACCUCAUAUGGUUCUUUCGGAUCUAAAAGAUCAGUUUGAAAUUAUGUAUAAAGGUCGAGAACAUCCAAUUAAUAUAGAUACAUUGAUUUAUAAUCAUUGUCAUGAUAUAUUCGAAAAAAAAUUAAAGGAAAUUGAAGAUUCUGAGCAAAUAUUAACAAAUUCAAAAUUGGAAAAACUUGUUGAAUUACUAAAAAACCAUGCAAAAAAUACAAAUAGUCGAGCUCUCAUUUUGGUUGAAAAAAUAUUUUAUGCAAAGAAAAUUUGUGAAUUCUUAGAAAAUCAUUCAGAUUUAAAAAAUAUUAUUAAACCAUGUUGGUUAGUUAGUCAAAAUAGUGCUGGUAAUGUAAAAUUAAAUAGAAGUCAAAACACAACAUUAGAAGAAUUUCAAACUGGUGUUCAUAAUGUAAUGAUUUCUACUGAUGUUGUACAAGCAGGUUUAAAUAUACCACAAUGUUCAUUAGUAUUAAGAUAUGAUUUUGUUCCUGAUAGUAUUGGAACAGUUCAAGCACGUGUUCGUGCACGAGCUACAGACUGUAAAUAUUAUCUUAUCACUACAAAAGAUUCUCCGAAUCAUAUUAAAGAGCGAGAUAGUCGUCAAUGUGAACAAAACUUAAAAAAUAUUCUUGAAAUAUGGAAAGGAAUUUCUCUUGAUGAUUUUCGACAAGGAGUUUUACAAGCUAAAGAAUCGUUUAUUCAAAAAUGGGAAGAGAGUCUUCUAAAAACUAUAGCAUUACAAACAAAUAUUUCUGAAAGUACUGAAUUAACUGGAGAUAUUUUAUGUAGAGCUUGUGGUUAUUUACUUGGAAAACUUGACAAAGUUUGUCAAUAUGAAAACGCUCAUUUUAUUAGUGACCAUGAUUUCUAUAAUCGUAUCGAAGAAAAAAUAUUCAAUCAACCACAAAUAUAUGCGAGAAGCUCAGAUAUUGGUAAAGCGUUAUGUGGAAGUAAAAACUGCCGUACUCAACUUGGAUGCAUUAAAAAAUUAAAUGAUUAUCCAGAAAUUAGUCCUAUUUAUCCAUUAAAAUGUGCAUCGAUUAAAAUUAAAUCUGAAACAGGAGAGAUGAUCUUAAAAAAGAAAUGGUCACAAAUGCCGUUUAAAUUUCCAAAGCUUUCGAAAAAUGUAGAUAUAAAUAAUGAUGAUGAUAUAUUUUAUGAUGCUUCUGAUAGUCUUCCCGGUGAUUCAUAG